CGGUAUCUGAUUCAAUGACACGGUGUCGGUCCCUCGUCGACGUCCGUGCGUGCCUUAUGGAAGCGUCAUUUAGCGUUCACCUGUCAAAUGUUACAGCCACCUUUCGCCGUAUGCUCCCGGUCCCUCUAGGUACCCGGGUAUAAAAUCCGCCUCUCAACUCCACGCUCAUUCAUACAAAUCCUAGUCAAGUCUCCCUCGGUUAACAUCACUCGCACACUCCGUACGAAGUUUCUUAACCGCAGCAACUGAUUGCAAUGGACGGCUUUGGCGGUGGCAACGACAGCAACUACGGUGGCUCGGGUGUGGGUGGAAACACGGGCAAUGACAACAACUACGGCGGAAGAGGAACGGGUGGCGGCGUGGGCAACGACAGCGGCUACGGCGGUGGUGGUAUCGGCGGAGGGAACGAUGGCAACUACGGUGGUGGCAGGGGAGGAGGGAACGACAGCGGCUACGGCGGCGGUGGUAUAGGCGGAGGGAACGAUGACAGCUAUGGCAGUAGCAGGGGUGGAGGAAAUGAUAGCAACUACGGCGGAAACGUGGGUGGCGGCAAUGACAGCAACUAUGGUGGCAGCGGUACGGGCGGCAGCGGUGACAGCAGCUACGCUGGCGGUAGAGAGGGCGGGGGACGUGGUGGCAACUACGGUAGUGGCGGCAGCGGCGUGGGAGGUGGGAAUGAUAGUUUCGGUGGCGCAAAUGACGGCGGAUACGGAGGAGGAAACGGCGGCGGAAACGGCGGCGGAUAUGGUGGAGGAAACGGUGGAGGAACCGGCGGCGGAUACGGUGGAGGAAACGGUGGAGGAAACGGCGGAGGAAACGACAGCAGCUAUGGCGGCGGUAACUCCAAUUCGAGCUCUGGCGGCGGCCUUCCCGGCUCCGGCUCGUCGAACAACAGCUCGAGCGGAGGGGGGAAUAGCUUCAUCGAACGGGGCAUCGAAAGCGUCGCGUCAAAGGCCGGGUAUAACCUUAGCUCUACUCAAGCAGACGAGGCUGGAUCCGUGCUGCAGAAUGCUGCGCGGAAGUUCCUGUGAAGUCGGUCAGCCUCCCUAUAUGAAACGUGUUGGAUGGUGUGCGU